UAAGGUUUGCCUAGGAUUUUUUACCUUCCCUCUGUACCAAUCUCGCCUCUGCAAAUCUUUGGUGGAUUUUCAAGUACAAAAAAUGAUGGUACACAUCAUUAUCACCGUGACAUUUCUGUUGUUUUGAAACUACCAGGUGUUUGGAAGUUGGAUCUCAUGAUAACAUUUGGUGUUUGAAAACAAACCUUCAACUUAAAAAGAAAAUUACAGGUUUGGUUAGACAUAAACAAUUUACCGCUCUAUAUAUUAUCUGUGCUUCUGUAAUGUAAAAUUUUAGGGCUCAGGCAGGAGACCCCGCUCCCCAUGCUCCACUGAGGUUCGAGCUCGGGACCUCUGGCUUGUAGGCCUUUAAAGUCUUUCUGCGUGCGUUGAAAUUGUCGCACGCUUUUAAAUUGUUCCACUAACGUUUCCUUUAUUUAGUACUUUCACAACAGCGAAUCCAACGGCUGGGGGCGUGGAUGUCUAAGGGGGCCACAGAGACCGCGCCGAUUCAGAUUGAACAGUGAAAGUGACUUCUUCUGUAGAUGUGAUCGUUACUGGCUGUUAUUGAUGGGGAAACCUGACGUGAAAGCUAGCUAGGGUUUAGUAGAUAUUUUUUUUCGCGUGACUUGACAGGAAAAAUUGAAGAACGCGGUUUUGGAACGCGGGAUUCCAAAUUCGGCGCCGUGACAACUCCGCCUCACGAAGAUUGCGCUAAGAGUUGGUGUAAGUUUCACAUUGUCAACAAACCCUUUUCCACUAACACAAAUAUUAAAUUCCGAUGACAACGAUAUUAGCUCAAUGUACGAAUUUGGUGCUCGACAUGAGAUUCGUGGAAGGUAGCUUUGUAAUUUUAAGGGAAGAGUAGGAAGAGGUGUAGGGAUCGAAGGUUGGAGCAUGAAUGAGAUUACGACAAUGAAACAUAGAAAUGGCUCCGUUUCAGGGGAAGAAAGGAAACGGCAGCACUUAGUUCCUCUGGCUUCUUUGAUCAGCCAGGAGAUUAGGCAUGAGAAGGUUAAGAGGCCCUGCAUUAGGUAUGGCCAUGCCGCCCAAUCCAAAAAGGGGGAGGAUUACUUUCUAAUCAAAACGGAUUGUCAGAGGAUCCCCGGAAAUUCCUCUUCUACAUUCUCGGUGUUUGGGAUAUUUGAUGGACACAAUGGGGCUGCAGCAGCUAUAUAUUGCAGGGAUAACCUGCUUAGCCAUGUAAUGAGUGCCAUGCAUCCAGGUCUUAGCAGAGAAGAAUGGUUACAAGCAUUACCUCGAGCAUUAGUGGCAGGAUUCGUUAAAACUGAUAAAGAGUUUCAGAGGAAAGAGGAAACUUCUGGAACCACAGUUACUAUUGUGGUGAUUGAUGGAUGGACUGUUACAACUGCUUCUGUUGGAGAUUCUCGAUGUAUAUUGGAUUCUCAGGGCGGUUUAAUCUCAUUACUGACAGUUGAUCACAGGCUAGAAGAAAAUGCUGAAGAGAGAGAACGUGUUACAGCAAGUGGAGGUGAAGUUGGAAGGCUGAGUAUUGUUGGUGGUGCUGAGGUUGGCCCUUUACGAUGUUGGCCCGGAGGUCUUUGCCUUUCAAGAUCGAUUGGAGACAUGGAUGUUGGUGAAUUCAUUGUACCAAUACCUUAUGUUAAACAAAUUAAGCUCUCAAAUGCUGGGGGAAGGCUUAUCAUCGCUUCUGAUGGUGUGUGGGAUGCACUAUUCUCUGAAAAAGCUGCAAAGGCCUGCAGAGGAUUACCAGCUGAACUUGCUGCAAGACAAGUUGUCAAGGAGGCAUUGAGGUCAAGGGGUUUGAAAGAUGACACAACUUGUAUUGUAGUUGAUAUUAUUCCACCAGACCACUCUGCUCCCAUUUCAUUACCUCCUAAGAAGCAAAACAAGAUAAGAUCAUUUAUAUUUAGAAAAAGAUCACGAGAUUCAAUGAAUAAGUUGGCUAACAAGCUUUCUGCACUUGGAAUCGCGGAGGAACUCUUUGAAGAUGGUUCAGCAAUGCUUGAUGAAAGGUUGGGAACAGAAUCAUCAACACUUGCAACAUCGGGUUUAUUCACCUGUGCUGUUUGCCAGGCAGAUCUAGCUCCAAGUGAAGGAAUCUCUGUGCAUGCAGGAUCGUUUUUCUCAACGAGUGCUAAGCCAUGGGAAGGUCCUUUUCUUUGUGCAGAUUGUCGACAGAAAAAGGAUGCAAUGGAAGGAAAGCGCCCUAGUGGAGUAAAAGUUGCAUAACAAUUUGUAGAUUUAAAAGUGCGGAUGAGCUUGAAUUAUAUUUUCCUUGAGCCACCCCUAUUCUUAAUUUCAACCUAUGCUUUUAGAGCAUGGCUUAUGAUUUCAUUUUCUCCAAUUUAGCAGGUUAAAGUUCAUAAUUCUUUUUUGGGGAAUGCAUUUGCUGUUGUCUUGUUUUUGAGACUAGCAUUGCGACUCCUGUUUUGCUGAUCCAUUGAUCAACGUGUUAUGUGGAAAGGACUACUCAGAUGUAUUGACCAUUAAUCGUUGUGCAUUUGUAUCUAAUAUUAGUAAAUAAAGAGUGGUUCUUCAA